AUGGCCGCAGUAGUACGCCGUCCCGGUGUGCUGCUCGGCGGCGCGGCGCUCUACGCGGGCGUGGCCUUCGCGACGUAUGUGACGCUGUACGACCCGAAGAAAAGCGGCGCCAACGCCGACGCGCCGCACGUGGACGACGCCCGGCGGCUGCAGGUGUUCGACGCGAACGCGGCGCAGUACGACCGCGAGGUGGACUGGGACGAGCGGCUCACGGGCAUCUCGCUCAUGCGGCGCUUCCUGCUGCGGCGCGCGCGCGGCCGCGUGCUGGAGGUGGCGGUCGGCACAGGCCGCAACCUGGCCUUCUACCCGCCGAGCGCAGAUGUGGUGCUGACGGACUUCAGUCGGGGCAUGCUGGACCAGGUUUCGACUGCGCAGCGGCAGCAAGUGGCCAGCUGCGAGCUGCGCGUGAUGCGCGCGGACGAGCUGGCGUUCGGCGAGGGCGAGUUCGACACGGUGGUAGACACCUUCGGGCUCUGCAGCAUGGACGACUCGGCGCGCGCGCUGCGGGAGAUGCAGCGCGUGUGCAAGCAGGACGGCCGCAUCCUGCUGCUCGAGCACGGGCGCAGCAGCUACGCGUGGCUGUCGGGCCUGCUGGACAAGUUCGCGGACCUGCACGCGCAGAAGUGGGGCUGCCACUGGAACCGGGACAUCCUGGCGCUGGUGGAGCAGGCCGGCCUGGAGGUCGAGACGGUGCACCGCUUCCACUUCGGCACGACCUACUACAUCGUCGCCAAGCCUGGACGCGGCGCUGCUGCAGCUGCUAGUGAUGAUGAGGAGGAGAAGGAGACGGAGGAGAAGUAA